AUGUCAGUGGACCACAACGAAAAGUAUAUUUUUGAAGCUGAAUGGUAUGAUAAAAUAGCUAGUAUUUUGAAAAAAUUUUAUCUGUAUUAUUAUCCGUUUGAUAAUACGGUUGAAUUGUUUGAUAUAAAAGCUAGAAAAACAUUUUUAAGAAGAACAAAAUGCGAAGGAAUUCAGGCCAAAGAUUUUUAUGUAGGAGCAACUGUAACAAUAUUUUCACGGAGUAUAAGAAUAACAGAUUAUGCAGAUUGUGUCACACGAACAAAACUGCAAACAAAAAUGCAAAAGACAUUUGCAAUAGUAAAACCUAAUGUCGUUGAUAAAUUAGGAGAAAUAUUAAAACAUAUAGUUUCCUCUAACUUUCAUAUUGCAAAUAUCAAAAUGGUUAAAUUAUCAAAAGAACAGGCAACAGAAUUUUAUGGAGAUACAGGUGAAACCAAUGUAGCGUAUUUGGUAAAUUAUCUCACUUCGGGUCCUAUUGUAGCUUUAGAAUUAUUGGGUGAUCAUGCAAUUGCACGUUGGCAAGAAGUGAUGGGACCAGAAGAUAGUAAGGAAGCUACUGCAAAAGAACCAUCCUCACUCAGAGCAUGUUAUGGCACAGAUAAUAUUCACAAUGCAGUACAUGGUUCAGAAAAUGAGGAAGCAGCGGAAAGAGAAUUGAAAUUCUUUUUCCCUGAUCCAAAAUCUGGCAAAACAGGACCACCAAACACAGCAACAUUAGAAAACUGUACUUGCUGUAUUAUUAAGCCACAUGCUGUUCAAGCUAAAUUAACUGGAGAAAUUAUUGAUCAGAUACAAAAAGCUGGUUAUACCAUUUCUGCUGUACAACAAUUUUGUGUUAACCCAUUUGAUGCAGAAGAAUUUUUGGAGGUGUAUAAGGGUGUUCUUCCUGAUUAUGCGGCAAUGGUAGGAGAACUACAAUCAGGACCAUGCAUUGUUAUGGAAAUAAAACAUAAAGAUGAGAAAUAUGAUGUUCAAGGAGAAUUUAGGAAAUUGUGUGGUCCUAUGGAUCCAGAUAUUGCACGACAAGUCAGACCAGAUACUCUUAGAGCAAAAUAUGGUAAAACUCAAGUACAAAAUGCUCUACACUGUUCUGAUUUACCAGAAGAUGGAAUCUUAGAGGUGGAGUACUUUUUUAAGAUUCUUGAUAGCAGUUAAAUAUUUAAAAACCAG